AUGGGCGCCGUGUCCCUCGCCGUGAUAUACGGCGGCAUCGUCGUGUUCGCGCCGCUCGCGCCCGCCGUGAUCCGUUACUUGCGGCCGCGAGGCGCCAUGCUGGUGGGCAUGUCGGGGUACUGCGCGUACAUCGCCGCCAACGCCGUCGACUCCAGCUGGGUGCUGCUGCUGUCCGCGGGGUACUUGGGCGCGAGCGCGUCCGUGCUGUGGGUGGCGCAGGGGCUGUACAGCGUCAUGCUCGCGCGCGGACACGCCGCCGCCGCGGGCGUGGCGGAGCAAGCAGCAAUCGCGGAGUUCAGCGGAAUCUUCUGGGGGAUCUUCGCGGCGAACCAGGUGGUGGGGAACGCCGUCACCUUCCUCGUCUGCCAGCUCAUGGCGCUCCUCUUCCCCCCCGCGCCCUCUUCGCUUGCAACUCCCGUUGCGCCUUCUCCUGAGAGUCUACCUCCCGCUACAGUCACGGUGUUAAUAGUUACGUUCCUGCUGUUCCUCGCGCUGGCCGCCGCGCUCACGUGGCGUCUGACUGACCUGUCAGAGGAUCACCCCCUCUGCUGCUCCGCGCCCGCUCCCCCCGUGGAUGGUCCAGAGGUGGGGGUAGGGAGAUGUGGCAUUACCGGGGAAGACGAGGAGGAGGGGAGUGAGAGGGGGGAUGAGGGGGAGGGGAAGGCUUUGCUGGGAGGCGAAGGGGUUGCGGGGCGAUCAGCGGAGUGGGGGGCAGUGGAACAGUCAGGGACGGCAGGAGGGGCGGGGGAGAGUGCGAGCAGCAGGGCAAAAGGGGGGCGCAGCGCAUGGGAGUUGCUGGGGGAGCGGCGGCUGCAGCUGCUGCUGCCUCUGCUGCUGUACAUCGGGCUGCAGUCCGCCUUCGUUGCGGCGGACUUCACACUGUACGUGGUGCGCCCAGCGCUGGGAGUGGCGUGGAUCGGCGGGGUCAUGUCCGUGUUUGGCGUCGCCAACAGCCUCGUGAGCUGCCUUCUCCCCUGCUUGCAUGCCAUGCCCCCUGCCGUAUCAUCACUGCAGCCCUCCAUAUUCUCCCUGCAUUCACAUGGCAUCAGGCUUGCAUGCUGCAGGGAGCAUCGUCCCACUCGCUCCCUCGCGACUUUCUCCCUCUCUCUCCCACCCCCACUCGUCCCCGGCCAGGCGUGCAUGGCAGCGGCGCGCCUGUCAUCGGGGCUGCACUCCAUACUCGCCACGCUGCUCAUCGGUGCCGCCUGCCAGAUCGCCGUGCUGCUCUCCCUCAUGCUCCUCACAACCUUCACCGCCCCCUCGUGGUGGGCCUUCACAGUGGUGUUGCUGCAGGCAGUGCUGUGGGGGGUGGGAGAUGCCGCCUUCCAGUCGCAGAUCAACGCACUGCUGCCACUCGCCUUCCCUCGAGACAUGGACGCCUCGUUUGCGCACAUGAAGAUGUGGACCAGUGCAGCCUCCUCCCUCAUGUUCCUCCUCAGCCCGCACCUCUCCAUGCCCGCCAAAGCAGCCUUCCUCACUGCCUCCUGUGCCGUCUCUCUGCCUCUCAUGCUUGCGGUUGUGCAUGUUCCAUAG